AUGAUAAACUCGACACAGGUUUCAUAUUUCACACUUAGUGCGUACUUUGACACUGGAAGUUUGAAGUACUUAUGUUUUAUGAUUGUCAUGUCUUUAUAUAUUGUUAUUAUCAGUGUAAACACGUCCCUCAUUGUGGUUAUCUGCAUGCACAGAAGUUUACAUGAACCUAUGUACAUCUUUCUGUGCAGCCUGUUUAUGAAUGAACUGUAUGGUAGUACAGGGUUGUUUCCAUUCCUUCUGCAGCAGAUACUUUCUGACAUUCACACUGUUUCUGCUUCAGUUUGUUUCCUGCAGAUGUACUGUGUACACACUUAUGCAGGUGUGCAAUAUCUAAACUUAGCUGUUAUGUCUUAUGACAGAUAUCUUGCCAUCUGUUAUCCUCUACACUAUAACACACUUAUGACAUCUAAUAAGAUUGUCAUGUUUAUCGCUCUAACAUGGCUUUAUCCUUUGAUUGCAUGUAUUGUCAUAAUAUAUUUGAAUUCCCAUUCACAGCUGUGUGGGAACAUCAUUAACAAAGUUUACUGUGACAGUCACUCUGUUGUCAAACUGGCCUGCUCUUAUCACAUUGUAGUGAACAUUUAUGGACUCAUUGCAUCUUUUGGCACAAUCUUUAUUGUUUUAGUUUUUAUUGUCUACACGUACAUGAAGAUCCUUAAAGUCUGUUUCUCUGGUUCUAAACAGACCAGACAGAAAGCUGUCAGUACCUGCACACCUCACCUCGCCUCCAUCUUUAACUUUACCGUCGGAGCUAGUUUUGAACUGAUACAGAGCAGAUUUAACAUGAGCAGUUUACCCAAAAUAAUGCGAAUAUUUUUAUCUUUAUACUUUCUCACAUGUCAGCCACUCUUUAACCCUGUGAUGUACGGCCUGAAUCUGUCCAAAAUACGUGUCACGUGUAAAAGUCUGAUGUCUAAUGUGGGCUCUUAA